GCUAAGGGUGUGGCCAAAUAGUUCAAUCAUGGAAGGAAAAUAUGCGAUUUUUCUCUCUUGUUUAGUUGGGCUUGGAUUGUAUUUUGGUUUGAAGAGGUCGCUAUGGGAGGCAGGACUAGCCUCUUUAAUUGGGUUCCUUGGACUAGGAGGACUGAAACCAACACUGCUGACUCUUAAAACACUGCCAAGGGAUUUCAGGUUUAUUUUUAAACUGAUAAAGCUACUCUCCAUCGUUAAGUCUCAUCGUGCCAAGAGAGAGACUAUAUAUAGUUUAUUCUGCAGUUCUGUAUCACGUCAUCCUAAGAAGGCAGCAAUAAUCUUUGAGGAUCAAACUUGGACCUUUGAAGAUGUUGAUCGAUACUCUAACAAGAUUGGGAACAUGUUUUGCUCAAUGGGUUUCAGUCGUGGUGACAAGGUAGCAAUCUAUAUGAUAAAUUGUCCAGAAUACACUUGCAUAUUCCUUGGAUUGUCUAAGAUAGGCGUAGAGGUUCCACUGAUUAACUACAAUUUGACAGAACAGUCACUGCUCCACUGUAUUGAGGUUACUGAUAUCAAAGGAUUCAUAUAUGAGGAGUCACUGGAGUCAUCAGUGUCAUGGCUGUAUCAAAGAAUGAGUGAGAACAUGAAGAACAAUACUUUCUGUAUUAGAGGAGAGAAGACUAGUAGCAUAGGACGCCAUCUUGAAUCAGAAAUGAAGGACUUCCCAGAUACUGCCCCUCCUCCACUUGUUGAGGCUAAAUCAGACGAUUGGUGCUGUUAUAUUUACACAUCUGGUACUACUGGUCUCCCUAAAGCUGUACCUAUCAGGCACACUAGAUAUUUUGGCACUGCUAUACUAUUGGAUUUCAUGUCUGAUCUUCGUCCUGAUGAUGUAGUGUAUGUUAACCUGCCACUUUAUCACACUGCCGGUGGUACUAUUGGUCUGGGACAAAUGAUUGUUAAUGGGAAAACUGUUGUAUUAACUCGCAAGUUCUCUGCUCGUCAGUUUUGGAAAGACUGUAUAAAGCACAAGUGCACAGCUGUGUUGUACAUUGGAGAGUCUUGUCGUUAUGCUCUUGCAGUACCUCCUGACCCUGCUACUGAUACAGCUCACUCUGUGAGGGUUGCCAUUGGUAAUGGACUAAGACGUGAUGUGUGGCUACAGUUCCAGGAGAGGUUUAAAGUCCCAAAAAUUGUAGAGUUCUAUGGAUCAACUGAGGGUAACAGUGCAUUUAUCAACACUCAUGGAAAAUUGGGAGCUAUUGGAUUCAAACCAAAUCUAUUGGGCUUUAUGUUUCCAGUGUAUUUGAUAAAAGCAGAUCCAACAACAGGAGAACCAAUACGGAAUAGUAAAGGACAUUGUACUUUAGUAUCAGUUGGUGAACCAGGACUACUAAUUAAUCUCAUCAAGCAAAAGGAUAUAUUCCGUAGAUUUGAUGGCUACACUAGUCUUGAAGCUACCAAUAAAAAGAUAUUGCGUAAUGUAUUUAAAGAUGGUGACUCUUACUUCAAUACUGGUGACAUGUUGAUAAUGGAUGAUGAAGGAUAUCUUUAUUUUAAUGACAGAGCUGGUGACACGUUUCGAUGGAAAGGAGAGAAUGUAUCGACUACUGAAGUGGAGAACAUCAUUGGUUCAAUCCUUAAACUAACUGAUGUCAUUGUGUUUGGCGUUGAAAUACCUAACUGUGAAGGUAGAGCUGGAAUGGCAGUUAUUUUGAGCUCCGAUAAAGAAGUUGAUGUGCUUCAAUUGGCUGGAAAGCUGUCUUCUCUCCUUCCUUCUUAUGCUGUACCAUUGUUCCUUCGUUUUGUCGACAGUGUUGAUCUGACUGGUACGUUUAAAUUUCAAAAGACACGUUAUCGUAAAGAAGGAUACAAUCCAAUAGCAACUGGAGGUGAUGCUGUAUAUGUACUGGAUAAAGGAAAGUUGUCUUAUGCACUUCUUGACGAGGGGCAGCACCAGAAAAUAAUGGAUGGAACAGUUAAAUUUUGAAUUUGUGUGCUUGAGUAAAUUAACAUAGAUUUUUUGCUGUUGUUUCCUUUUAUUAUUGGCUAGGAUAUGAUUAUUAGUCUAGUGCUAACGAGUGAUAGACAUCAAAGCAUCUCUCUGAUAGAUCUAUCCCGCCCACUUGACUUUAGCCUGUCUUCUGGAGUUUCAGUAGAUAUAGAUCUAUGUAUGAGGAACAAUACGAGCCAGUUGAACCUCCAGUGCCUCAUUUUAGUAGCCAUCCAGUGAGUUUGGGGGUUAUUUCAACAAGAUAUGGAAGAAACUUGCCUCAAGUGAUAUUAGCCGCAAGUGAAUCUGCUGUUGGAGCGGCGCAAGGUCUGCUAAAGGAUGGGCAGGAGUUAGAAGUGUAUUUUAAGAAGGAGACACCAAUUAUCACUAUGAUGAUGGAAGGCAAAACAUACACAGUGCCACUGAGUAGCACCUUCAUGUUCAGUGUAUUAUAUAAUCCUAAGAAUGAGGAUUUGAGCAUUGUUAGAAGAGGCCACCACUUUCCAACAGUUGCUGACCUCAUGAAAGCUGAUCCUCUGCCUACUGUGGUGUAUGUUGGAAGAGAUUGCGUUACCUCAAAAGGCAGAGAAGUGAAAUCUAUCCCAAAAGGCACAAUCUUGAUAAUUCAAGAAAUCAUAAAAAUGGAAGAAACUAAAAUUCUCAGAUGUUCAAAAUUUGACGAUCCCUCAAAUGACAUAUACCUUGACAGAACCUCUGAAGGUCACUUUACUACAAGAGAGUCUCUCCUUAUUUUUUCACUUCCAGAGCUCAUUAAACACAUUAAAUGUCCAUGUGAUACCUCAAUGUACAAUUCCGAUGGUAAAACACUAUGCCCUAUGUUUAAAGACAAAUUUGCAACAAUCUACGACAAGCGGUCAACAAUGCACUCAUUCAUUGCUGGGCAUUCUUCAACUAUUACGAUUGUUGAGUUGUAUGCCAUGCUUCCUGUAAAAUUUCACAUUUCCAGCAAAAGUGACAAAGAAUUGUACCAAAUCAUGAAAAAAGCAAACAUGCUAUCUCAAACGCUCUCUCCAGAUCAAGUAACUUCUGUCAUAUACCACGACUCCCCAACUGACGAUAGUCUCCAAGAAGACUUGCUGUUACCACUAAACAAUAGUGCAUGGCUAAAAGAAAUUAACUUUUCAAGAAGUAGAGUUUAUGAACCAUUGAACCUUCUGACAAAAGCAAGCCCAGUGAAGCCACAUUUGUCACAAGUUCAACAGGAAAGUGCAGCACCUUCACAUUCCCAUUCGUCAAAAAAUGUUAUUCAUUUGCUGCCUCACUGCAUUUAUAAGUCAUCAAAACGACUAAAAUUGCCUUUGCAAGAUGCCACUACUGAUCUCAAGGAUAUGGCACUUAGUGAUGCUCGUGGUUCUGCUGAUUUACCUGACUUCGCUCUUGAGGAUAAUGUAUCCUAUGGACUUGUAAAGAAGAAUGAUUUGACAGGAUCAGCUAAUGACAUAAGGGAGUCAAUGACAAAGGGACAACAUUUUGAGACUAACAAGAAGUUGUUAGCAGACUAUGAUACUUACAAGUUGGGAGAGUUACUUGAUCUGAUGGGAUUACAGCAAUAUUGUGUUUCAUUUUCAAAUGGAUCAGUUGAUGGAAAGAACCUGUUUGGAUUAGAUGAUGCAAUACUUCAGGAUGAAUUUGGCAUAUCUAACCGAAUACAUCGUAUAAGGCUAAUGAAAAUAAUCAGAGGGGACCAAUGUGUCUCAGAUAUAAUCAGGAAUCCAAGUGUAUAGAUAAUUACUUCAGUUCACUGGUGUACAAUUAUUUAUGAGUGUGAAUUUGUGAUAUACACAUAUGUACUUGCUGUGUUUUUCAUAACAUUUAUUUGGUGAUAUAA